GCGUUUUAUCUAGGACGUGCUUAUCCACUUAUCUUAUAUUUGUUAGCGAUAAAGAUGCCUCACGUAUGUCAUUGAGAAGGCAUGCAAGUUUCAGUCAAUUUCAUCUCGUAUCUCUCUCGAAAAUCUUUGAUUUUUCUAUAAUAGUGCAGUGUAUCUAUGAAUUACUAAUCAAAAAUUGUACAAAAUGGUGGUGAAAAAUUCGACCCCUCAGCUAGAACAGCAAAUACAAUGUAUAAAGUUUACAAUAUUUUGCUUGAACUCCGUAAUGUGGAUUUUCGGAAGCGCAAUGUUCGGCUUAUCUUUAUGGCUAAGGUUUGAACCAGUAUUUGAAGAUUGGAUAAUGUUCUUGGACAUGUAUGAAUUUUACAUCGGUGUUUACGUAUUAAUUGCAACAUCCGUAUUCGUCAUAAUCGUUGCUUUCGUAGGCUGUGGCGCAGCUUUGAUGGAAUACGUCUUGGGUCUCUUCGUCCACGUGGGCCUUCAACUAUUUUGUUUUAUAUGCGGUUUAGCAGGUGCAGCUGUUAUUCUUGAUUAUUCAACUUACGAUAGCCAAAUCCAGCCUAUUAUACGAAGAUCUAUGAGUAAUCUUAUCAGUAAUUCUCAACACGAUAGAGCAUCUGGUAUUCUUAAAUUGAUUCAAGAAAAUGUCGGAUGUUGUGGUGCUGACGGUCCAAUGGAUUAUGUAAACAUGUUAAAACCUUUGCCAACCGAAUGUCGUGACACGGUUACCGGAAAUGCCUUCUUUCAUGGAUGUGUUGAAGAAAUCUCUUGGUUUUUGGAAGCAAGAUCAGGAUGGCUCGCUGGUUUGGCCCUCUCUUUGUGCAUGUUACACGUAGUAUUGGCGGUACUCACUUUAACGCUUAUUCGUGCUAUUAAAAAAGAAGAAUCAGCCACAUACAAACAUUAAUUACAUUAAUAAUCAUGAAAUAUCACGCGAACGUUAACUUACAAUUUUUUUCUUGAUAAAUAUAUUUUAUACAAUCGAAAUUUUUUUUUUUUUUUUUUUUUUUUUUUUUUAUAUAUAUAUAGUCGAAAAACAGUCGAUAGGAGAUAGUGUACUUUCUAUUGAUGUAAGUCUCUUAUAUAAAAAUUUGAUACAGACACUGUAUAUGGAAUUUAAUGCGCGAGAAAGAUGAAGAAAGAAAGUUCUGAAAGUAUUCCAUUUCAUUGCAUUUAUAUAUCUUAGAGUAAUAUAUCUGAAAUAUAUUUUAAUUAAUACUAUAUAAAUUAUUAUAUCUUCAUAAAUUGUUAACUAAAACUAAUUUUGUCAUGUGUUACUCUAUACGAAAGUUCAUUAAUCGAUGAAAAUUUCAUACAUAGUACUUAUAUAAUGCAAUUGGUCCAAUUAUUGAUAAAUAAAAUCGUUCAGGCAAGAUGCGCUUCAAUAUGGAUCCAACAUAUAAGAAAAGUAAAAGGGCCGUCGUUCGUUAAACUGUCAUGCAUUAUUUAUUUCAUAUGUUUUUUGAUUGACUGUAUUAUUAAGUAUUAUAUAUCUAUUAUUUUAUGGCCAAAUAAUACCGUAAAUGUGUAUGAUGCUUCAGAGUAAAAACGGUUUACUCACUGUAUAAUACAAUAUAUUAUAUGUUUAGUAGAUUUUUUAACACGGACUGUUUUUCUUUCUUUCUUUCUUUUUUUUUUGUUUCGCCUAUAAAGGUCUCAUACGCUUAUUAUAUUUGCAUAAAAUGUUAGGUAUUCAUUAAACGCAGUUUUAAUAAAUGAUUUACACGUACAACGAUUUACAUAGACUAUAAUUAGGUUAAGCGUCAGUACCAAAAGCGAUUUAAUACGUUUUUUGCAAAGUUUAUUUAUCCCUAAGAGAUAUACAAAAGAAACAUAUUUUUUGUUUGUUUUGUGUUUUGUUUUAAUUAUAAUUCCUUUGUAAUAACACAAGAAAUUCUGUCAUGAUUUUCAA